UGGAAUUUCGCCAAGCUUGCUUGGAUUUCCGGUUUUGUGCCCCAUUUCUUUGCCCCUCAAACCUACAAACGCAGUGUUCCCCUGUUUUAUUAACUUAUUGAGGAGAAAGGAGAAGAAACACGAGGAGUCAAUAUAUAGGGAUAAAUUUGCUAAACUCAACAUCAGUGAUCAUCAUCAGGAGGCUCAGAGUACUGGAGGAUGCUCGCCACCUUUAUUGAGUAAACAACCUCCUAAUCUUAAUAAUAGAAGUGGUAAUCUAGAGGAAAUGUCUGAGAAUUCUGCUUUUCAAGACGUGGACCAAGUUGAUGCAAACAGUGAGCAUAUGGAUCAGGGGAAUGAUGUAAUGAGGGAAGACAAAGGUAUAUCUGGUGGGAGUGCAUCUGGACGUUUUGGAGCCAUCGACCUAGAUGCUCAUAAUGUUGAAACCAGUGGUUCAGACACAAGCUCAACAAGAGGUAAAAAUGCUGUAGAUCAGAUGGAAAACAGUGAAUUCCCAAAGCCGAGUGCACACAUAAAAGAAAGUGGAUAUGGAGGAACCGCAGAGGAUGAAAAGGUUGAAACUGUUCAGUGUGAGGAAAAGCAGCGAAGGAAACGGAAACGAACAAUAAUGAAUGAUACACAGGUGGAACUUAUUGAGAGAGCCCUAUUAGAUGAACCUGAUAUGCAGCGAAAUGCAGCCUCAAUACAAUCAUGGGCUGAGAAAUUAAGUUUUCAUGGUUCCGAGGUUACAUGUCCACAGCUUAAAAAUUGGUUAAACAAUCGAAAAGCCAGGCUAGCCCGCACAGCUAAGGAUGUUCGUCCAGCACCUGAGGCUGACAAUGCGUUGCAAGACAAGCAAGGUGGGCGAGGACUAAGGUCCAACAACUCACCUGAUACCCCUGGUGGAGAUGCUUCCAGCCAACUAAAUGUGAGGAGAGAUCAUCAAAUCAUGUUGAGAACUGGUAUCAGGGAGAUCUCUGAGACUAACGUGGCAGAAGCCGCUGCCCCCCGUGGUCCUGCAGAAUUUGAUCUGUGCAAGCAAGGCGACUCCAUUGGCCUCAUGGGUGCAAAUGGAGAGGAGAUUGGGAGAGGAAAGGUGUUUCAGGUGCGUGGCCAAUGGUAUGGAAGAAACUUGGAGGAGUUGAGGGCAUACGUUGUGGAUGUUAAAGACCUAAAAGCUAGAAGAGCAACGAGGCUUCCGCACCCGUCUGUAGCCACAGGUGUCUCAUUUGAGGAGGCUGAAACAAAGAUUGGCGUAAUGAGAGUGUUAUGGGAUUCAAACAUGACUUUCACAUUGCGUCCUAAACGAGCAAUGUAAGCCACAGGUUAAACGGCCUCGGCUUCGGCCUCUGUAGAACUACAAGUCGUUUCGUUACCUGCAAGAUGUAAACGUGUAAUCAUUGUAAUUACUUAGACCUCUUUCCCCUUUUUUUUUCUUUUUUUCUUUUGAUAAACAGAGUUUGGAAUUUUCCAUAUACAUUAUUACACACAGCUUUCUAACUUUGCGGAAUGUUAAAUAUCGAGUUGUUCUGUCAUCA